UUGCCAUCCCUCCACCCAGCAUCCUCGUUCCUGGCGCUCUUGUCUUCUGCUGCAGACACUCUCGCCGCUCAUUAGGACGCCCCCACCCCACAUCUGCCCCGUCCUACCAACGCACAAGCCGCCAUGGAGAUAGACGAACGCCGCUACACUGGUACCGUCAAGUUCUUCAACAGCCAGAAAGGAUACGGCUUUAUUGUUCCAGUUCCUCCCAUUCCCGAUGACCCCGAGGGCGAAGUCUUUGUUCACCAUACGGCAAUCAUGAGUUCUUCGCGCUUCAGAAGCCUCGCAGAGGGCGAAGUCGUCGAGUUCCAUCUGCUGCGUGGCCCCAAGGGAAUGCAGGCCGCCAAAGUCACCGGCCCUGGGUUUACCAACGUCAAGGGCGAUCCGAAAGUUUCCACUCGCCGGCGAUCCAGGUCCGGCCAGCAGUCACGAAAUAGCCCGACCAUUCCGCCCCCUCCCUACGACAGCUAUUACUAUCCUGGCCCCGGCGGAUACUAUAUCCCUUCCUACUACUAUCCCACCGUGCCGCAGAUUCCACCCAACCUCUCGCCUGCCGGGUUCUCGGCUGCUCCUCCAAAGGGCUCGCCCAACACCUCCGCUCCGAGCAUGAUGCCCAAGACCUUCUUGCACAUGGAUCCUGGCCAGCCCCAUAGCGGCCCCAGCAGCGAGACCUCGUCUCCCCCCAUGUCCCAGGGCGGACCUCAGUACAUCCCUUACAACUAUGGCGUUAUUGCUCCGCCCCAGUCGUAUUUCAGCCCCUAUCCUCCUGGAAACAUUCGCUGAGGGUAGCGAUGUCACCACCACCGAUGAUCGGUCCAUCAAGUCAGGCCCG